CCAAAUUCUUAGCAAUUGACUCUUUGUUUUUUUGUACUUUAUGUUAACAUCAAACCCAUCACCCGCGAAGACCGCUCCAAUCCCUCCCCGGGCAAUUGAACAACCCCAACCCUCAGGAAAUGACGCCAAAAUCAUUCACAGGCGGCUGCCAAUGCUCCCUCCUCCGCUACCGGAUACUACUUCCUCCUCCUCCAAACGCAAUCUCUGUCACCCACUGCACAUCCCCAAACCACCCCAAAACACUCACGAAAACAACCCUCCACAUGCCCUCCUCUCAGAUCCAGUUAGUCUCGCUAGCUCUCCCACCCACACCAUCGGCCUCUGCUACGCAGACGCUGGAAAUCCCUAGAAUGCCCGGGGUGGUAUGCACCCCAGGUACGCGGCCCCGUCGCACGGAGACGGAGGAGCAACCGCCGGAAUAUGAAGACCCGGGAGGGCAAGGAGGUGGUGGGGUGGGAUGGCCGUAUAGGGAGUUUGAGUAUACGGGUGGGAUAAGGGGGUUUUGUGCGCACUGUGGGGGGGUGGUGCUAGUUUGGUGUACUGGUGGUGAUGGUGAUGGAAAGGUGGAGGUUGAGAUGGGGAGUUUGGAUGCGCCGGGGGAGGUUUUGGGGUGCCUUUUUGGUGGGGGUGGGGGGGUCCGGGCUUGUUGUAAUUAGUUCAUUGAUUGGGGUCAAGAGAGGAGAGAGCGGGGUGAAUAUUGAAUGAAGUUGAGUGGGAUUUUUUCCUUUUGA